UCAUUAAUUUUAUUGUAAUAUUUAUUUUUUUCACUUACGAAGUAACAGGCUAGUCGGAUAAAUUAUAAAUGUCGCUAUAAUAUUUAGGUAAAUUUUCGUUUUUCAUUUCUUCCGUGUUCCAAAACUUAACUUUAUACACUUAAAAGAAACAGUCAUUUUGGAAAAUUACUUUGUUUGAAUUUUUGUAAAAUUUUUCAAAUUAAAAAAGGUAUAAAAUUGACUCGCACGUAUAUUCUAUUCUACACAAACAAAUAUAUAUAUAAAUAUCACCAGUAUACUUUAUAUGAUAUUUAAUUUAUUAUUUCCUAUAAUUUGUUGGAAUUUUUCAUUACAAUACAUAUAUACGUGCGACAUUUUACUCUCUUAUUAUAUACGAUUACGCAGAUUUUAUCUCACCAUAAUGGCCCCGGUGACACUGUAGGUACUAACGAUAAGUAAUUUAAUACUUACGGAAAAUUAUAAUGAAUAAAGUACGCAUACCUGUAAUAAUACAUUGAAAAACGUUUACAAUACAACUCAAAUUACAUCCAUCUUCAUCAUUUUUUUCUGCAAGAUUUACCUUUUCAUUUUUCCUUGGAAAAACUAUUAACUUUUUUUGCGUGUAAUAGUUUUCUACGCUAGACAUUUCAGUUUGAUAUUGCUUUUGUUUGAAUUCGUACACAAAGUUUUCUUCUUUAAAAAUUCUCAAAAAUUUAAAUUUGAGCUUUCUUACUCUGUUUUCAAUUAUCUUAUUGACAAACAAUUUAGUAUACAAAAUACUAAGACAAAUAAUCCAUUAAACUUGAACUAAUUUGAUAAAUAAUUUAGGAAUAGAGCACCAAAAAUCCAAAGGCGUAAAAUUGAAUAUUUAUCUAGAUGUCUUAUAGUUUUACUAAGUAUGUUAUGUAGGAAACAAAACAAUCUAUGUUUUGGUUGGUCAACGAUGCAUAUUAAAAGUUAAGCAUUGUAAAACAGACACAUUUAUAUUCUUAAUAGUCAACUAUUUAUCACAGUGAAGCCAACAUGCGUUUGAUUCAGUUUCAAUUUAUUCUGAUUUUCAUAAGUUUAAAAAAAAAUUGCUUCGGAAAUGAGGAAAUAGUGACUUUGGCGAACGAUGAAAAUCUUAAGUACAGAUUGCACUAUCAUAUUAUGGCUUCAUCAGGAUGGAUGAAUGAUCCUAACGGUUUUUCUUUUUUUAAUGGUGACUACCAUAUCUUUUAUCAACAUAAUCCUUAUGAAGUAACACCAGGAAAUGUACACUGGGGUCACGUAAAAAGCAAAGAUCUAGUGCAUUGGAAGUACCUUCCAAAUGCUCUAACUCCUGGAGAACCCUACGACAGGAAUGGUUGUUUUUCGGGAACGGCCAUUGUAGAUGGGAACAAUUUAAUUUUAUUUUAUACUGGGAACGUCGAUGAAAACAACAGCACCAACUAUUCUUCACAAAAUCAAAACAUGGCUCUAAGCGGUGAUGGAGUAAAAUUUGAAAAGUUUUCUAGAAAUCCCAUCAUUCCAUUUCCACCAGAAGAUGGAGGAUCAGCCUUUAGGGAUCCUAAAGUUUGGAAACACGAAGAUAAUUGGUAUUUGCUGAUGGGAAAUCAAGCUAAAGAAAAUGGUAGAGUCGUUCUUUACGAAUCGAAAGAUCUUAAAAACUGGAAUUACAUUGGAGUCCUGGCAUCGUCUUGGAAUGGAAGUUUGGGUUACAUGUGGGAAUGUCCCGACUUCUUCAAAUUAAAUGAAUCAUAUGUUUUGAUUUUUUCACCGCAAGGACUGGAAAGGGAUGGCGACAAAUACGCUAAUCUUUAUCAAACAGGAUACGUUGUGGGUGGUUACUGUUACGAAUAUAACCACUUCAGUUAUGGACACUUUACUGAAAUGGAUUUUGGCCAUGAUUUCUAUGCAAUGCAGACUAUGGAAACACCAGACAAAAGGAGAGUUGGUGUAGCAUGGAUGGGAAUGUGGGAAUCGAAUUUCCCUGAAAGUGAAGAAGGUUGGGCAGGCGCGCUCACAAUUCCUCGCGAAUUGUAUUUAGAAGAAGGAAAACUAAUUCAGAAACCUAUACGGGAGACGAAACUUCUUCGGAAAAGUCUUCUGUUUAGUAAAUUGAUUACUGUAAACGGAAUGGAAGAAAUAUGCGAACUAAAAGCAGCCGAAAUUGAUAUUGAUACGAAACUUUGCGCCGAUAUUGAUGAAUUCGGUUUUGUGUUGGAUGACCAAGAAGGAUUGGUGGUGAAAUUUUAUCUCAACGAAACAGACAAAACCUUUAAUUUGGAUCGAGGUGAUGAAGAUCCGAGGAAAACUGGUUUUGAAGAAUUGCUUUACUUGAAGAUGCAGAUUUUUUUGGACGCUUCUUCACUUGAAGUGUUCCUUAACGAUGGAGAAAUCACUUUUACAAGUAGAAUUUACCCCAAUCAAUCCCCUUUGUUGUCCAUAUUUUCGAGAGGCAGUUGUGCGCUUGAUGUUGAUGUCAAGAUAUUUGAAUUAGAAAAUAUUUGGGAAAAGUGCAAUUAAUUGUAAAUUCGAACUCACCUUCCUCUGAAUGUUGUAUAUUAAAUAUUAAAUAGAUGGUUUUGAAAUUUG